UCCCAUGGUUCACUGCGGCGCUAAGGCGGAAACUUCGAACUCUGGUGACAACGAAAAGGGGAAUAUGGAAAUAUUUCGAGAAAUUAGGAAUAUCCUGGAGCAUGUGUGCAGUACAGAAUUUGCAUCUGAUAGUGUCUCAUUUCAAGAAAAAUAUCAUUUGGAAAAAAGAGCUAUAGAAGAGUUUCCAGUUAAAGAAUUAGUUAAAACACUUGGCAGUACCGGUAGUAACUACAUAUUUGUACAGAGAAAUGCUGAGCCUCAAAAACCCACUGAUGAUGAUGAUGAUGAUGUGGAAGAGGAGGAAGAGGAACGAGAUGCAGACAUGCAAGAGGAGUCAUGUGAGAAACUAGAUACAUCAACUGAUGUUUGCAAGACAAGACCUCUUACUGUGAAAGAGGCCAGGCGUAUUUUAUCAUUUUAUGCAACUGCUUACAACCCAUACAUGGGUAACAACAAUGAAACCUCAGUGUUACCAAUAUGGAUUGCAUGUGAUGGGAAGGGUCCAGAAUAUGCAUCUUUCAUUGGAAGUAAAGUGGAAACAUCUAAGUCAGGAAAAACUAUUGGAAUAUCAAAUUUUAAAGUCACAUGUACUGGUCCAAUUGCGGAUAAACAUGCUUUACCUUCUCUUGAAUAUUUGAUAGGGGAACAUAAACGUUUUAGUGACUCUCAUAAUGUAUCCACACAAGGAUUUGCACAGUAUGACAUCUUUGGAUCCCUAGCACUAGAUCUCUCUGUGUCAUCAGGCAAUGCAGGAAAUUGUAGCAGUUUAGUCAUUGACUGUUCUUGGGAUAGUGUCACUAAUGUUUUACAAGUGCCGUCCGUCAACGCUACGGCCACUGUGCAUGUUAAAGUUGUGCCUGGUGAUCAAAGAAGUAUCAUUCACCCAAUGUACAGAGAGCUUUGUACUGUCUUGAACAUCUACAAAGGUCUGCAAACGGGUGAAAUACAGUGGGCUAGAAUGACAUCAGAGGAUGAAGAAGAUAAUCUUACUGAGCAAGUUCGCAGAUAUAUUGAUGAACUGAAGAAAGGAGUGAAAUAUAAAAGCAAGGAACAACCCAGGCUGGAAGAAAGUAGCAAAGAAAAGGACUUUGAAUCACUGCUGCACAAUCAGAUGAUGCCAGAGAGGGAGGAUUUAGACUUUACAGAACAAUUGUGGAAUAUAUUGUGUAAUGCUGGUAGCUAUAAAGAAGUUAUCGAGUCAUUAGGUAUUAUACAUUCAGCAUUGCAGUGUGGAGAUAUACAGCCUAUGGUCCACCGAAGUAAUCAAACAUUAUUAGCAAAAGAGGUUCGAUUGUCUUAUCAAGGGAAAGUUGAAAAUCGUAAAGUGGAUACUAGCCAGCCUUUAGAGUUAUUGGUCGAGUUAGGAGUGGAUAAAAUCAGAAGAGAUUACACAACAUACUUCGUUGGGGGAAAAUUAAUAAUGAUGAAUGAAUUAGAUUUUUACACCAGUACUGCCAUACCGAUAGAAGAUCAAAUAGAAAGAGUACAGAGGUUUUACAAUGUACUAGAACUUACUGUGGGAUCACAAGCAUUUCUUAAAUUACCACAACCAAAUCAACGAUCAUUAAUUCGACAAUCAUUGAAAUUUUAUGAAGACUCUCCACACAAUGAAGUUCCUAUUUUUGAUCUUCAUGUACCAGCACCAUUAGUGAAAGGACUUUAUUCAGGCAUACAUCCCUCAACAUGGAGACUGAAGUUGACUAGUCCUGGCACCAGUAUUGCAACCUCAUACCAACUGAGUUCUACACCACCAUUUAAACAUACUAACAUUGAAGACCAAGAUGUACUUACGGACAAUGAUGAAGACAGUUUACAUUACUAUCAAACCAUGAUCACACACAGCAAGAUACAGUAUUUGUGAUAUAACCAAUAAGGUUAUCUGCUACCACAAUGGAAGAACCUUUAAUGAACAGGAAUCAAAAUGAGGGAAUUUACAUAAUGGCCGCCCAGCGGACUUUGGGCUUAUUAUUUAUUUAUUCAGGAUAGGUGUGUGAAUACACAAUGUUCUGAUCAUUGCUUUAAAAAGCCAUGGACCUUGCUACUUCCAGGAAUCUGGCCAUGUUGUAGAUGGUCGCUUUGUACACGGUUUUAUAUUACGCCGCCUCACAAGAUCAAUUUCUUCUGUGUCAUUUUCAACAACCACAUCCUCAAGUGUUUAUACUUUUGUCGCUAUAACCCACCAAUUCAUGCUUUUGAUAAAACAAAAGCAUAUCUAGAUUAAAUAAAUGUAAUCUGAUUGUUUCACUA